CUCCUUGUUUUUCCACCCAUCCAUUCAUCCACACACACACAAAUGUCCAAACGCCCUGACUUUGACCUCCGCGCGAUCGUCCGCACAAACGUCUACUCGCUCGAUCCCUACCGCUGUGCCCGCGACGACUACGACCAAGGCAUCUUGCUGGACGCCAAUGAGAACAGCAUUGGCGCUGCUGUGGUCAAGAAAGGCGACGACGACGAGCUCACGCGGUACCCGAGCCCGUACCAAGUCGAGAUGAAGCGCGACAUUGCUGCAUUCAGGUCGAUUCAGCCAGACCAAAUCUUCCUGGGCGUUGGCUCGGACGAGGCGAUCGACACGCUUGUCCGCAUCUUCUGUGUUCCCGGAAAGGACGCACUGCUGAUCACCCCGCCAACGUACGGCAUGUACAAGGUCGUUGCCAACAUGAACGAUGUCAAGAUCCAAAGUGUGCCGCUCACGCCCGAUUUCCAGAUUAACGUCGAAGAGACCCUCAAGGCCAUCACUCCCGAGACCAAGAUCGUCUUUUUGUGCUCACCCAACAACCCCACGGGCAAUCUGCUGGCCACGGCUGACAUUAUCAAGGUUCUCGAUCACCCUGCAUUGCGUGGAGUGGUCGUGCUCGACGAAGCGUACGUCGACUUUACGACUCAAGGCUCGCUCGCCCACCUCCUUGCCAGCUACCCCAACCUUGUCAUUAUGCAGACCUUCUCCAAGUCGUUCGGUCUGGCCGGUGUCCGUCUUGGCAUGGCCUUUGCGUCUGCCGAACUCACUGCCAUCAUGAACAAGUUUAAGGCGCCUUACAACAUCAACCAACUCACGUCGCAGGUCGGCGUCCAGGCAGUGUCACAGCAGGGCUUGGCCCAAAUGCGCUCGAAUGUCGCCGUCUUGCUGGAACAGCGAGCCUUGCUCGAGAAGGAAUUCAAAGCCAUGCCGCAAGUGGCGCACGUCUUCCCUUCGGACUCGAACUUCUUGCUUGUCCGCUUUACACCCUCCGUCGAUGCCUAUGCCCUGUACAAGAAGAUGGCGGACAGCGGUGUUGUCGUGCGCUUCCGCGGAAACGAGAUUCACUGCAAGAACUGUCUGCGCGUGACUGUUGGAUCGCCCUCUGAGAACCAAGAGCUCCUUCGACAGGUUUCUGCACUCGCUGCCAGUCCCGAGAUGGCUGCCAAGUAGAAGGGGAGUGGGUGUGCUAUCAUGUUAUGUUUUGGAAGGUGAUUUGUGGCCAGCGCUUCAGAAAUACAUCCCUUCCAUUGCCAAUCAAAAUGUAGUGUAUUUCCUUAUUCACAGCAAAAUAAAAACCACCAUACUCAUGUA